UGGCAUUAACCCUAGAUUCAUAACUAUUCGUCCAACAGACCGCGCGAAACGUGAAUUCGUUUCUAGUGUUUCGAGUGAAAGAGAUAGAAAGCUGACCUCUCAAGUACCUUCCUAGGUCGCUUGACCAUUAGUAACGCGAGUGCCGUUGUCUCGCAUAGACGUUUUGUUUAAAAGUUAUAAACCUAUGAACGUCUGAGAGACGAAUGCUUAUGAAUACUGCUACUUUUGACGGGACUGCAAAUUAUUUUUGUAAAAUUGUUUUUGAUGAGUUUCGGCUAUAUAGAGUAAAUAAUGGAAGAUCGGCAAAUUGAGGAGUAUUUGAAUCGUUUAUCUGAUUCAGAUGAUGAUUUUACUAGUCAGCAAACGGAUGCGGAUUUGAGCGAGGUCGAGGAUCACGUGGAAUUAGAUGAAAUGGUUCCUACAGAUUCCGACAGUGAUUACGACGUCCAACCAAUACGGCAACAGCAACGCCGAAAUGGCGUCAUUUUUUCUUCUGAUUCUGAAACUGAAGAAACUCCAGGUACUUCUAGUAAUUCUACACAUUCACGACGUAUAAUUAUUCCAUCAGCUCGUAAUCUUAGAGGUAAAAAUGGUCAUAAAUGGUCUUCAAUGCCUUUUGAAUCUAUAAAUACAAGAACCCCAGCUAGAAAUAUCGUGCAUGUAAUUCAGGGAUCAGCUAAUAACGCUAAGGAUAUUACGGAACCAGUUGAUUGCUUUACUAAUUUUAUAACUGUUGAUAUGAUUCGUAAAAUACUAACACAUACAAAUAAAGAAAUUGAGUUGAGGAGUUUAAAAUAUAAAGAGAAAACUGCAACUAUUUCUUCUACAUGUGAAGAUGAAUUAACUGCCUUGCUUGGAUUGCUUUUGUUAUCAGCUGCAAAAAAAGACAAUCAUCUCACGAGCUUAGAACUUUUUAACCCUACUUUUAGUGGAACUCGUUACAUAUCAGUGAUGUCGCGUGAAAGAUUUGACUUUUUAUUGAACUGCUUGAGAUUUGAUGAUAAAGCUACUAGAAAUGAACGCAAAGCUCAAGAUAGUUUCGCGCCUAUCAGAGAAUGGUGGGAAGCGUUCAUUCAGAUAUGCAGGGAUAGUUACAAAGCUGGAAGUUAUCUCACCAUAGAUGAGCAACUGUUGGGGUUCAGAGGUCGUUCUCCAUUUAGAAUGUAUAUUCCAUCAAAACCGAACAAGUAUGGUCUAAAAAUAUUGAUGCUAUGUGAUUCCAAAACAAAUUAUAUGCUAAACGCUAUGCCAUAUGUUGGAAAAACUGAAACAAAUGGUGAUUCACUCGGAUCUUACUAUGUCAAGACUUUGACUGAAAAAUUAUGGGGUAGCAACCGCAAUGUCACCAUGGAUAACUGGUUUACUUCAGUCCCUUUGGCCCAACAGUUACUACAGGCACCAUAUAAACUAACAAUAGUAGGAACACUUCGAGCGAAUAAACGCGAAAUACCGCCUGAGUUAGUUCAGAUCAAAGAAAGGCCUAUAGGUUCAUCUGUAUUUUGUUAUGAUCGGCAGUGUACGCUAGUAUCAUACAAGCCUAAAAAUAACAAGAACGUUUUCUUGCUUUCUACCAUUCACGGGAAUGGUACUCUUGCAGCUUCUGGGAAACCGGAAAUGAUUGAGUUCUACAAUUCGACGAAAGGUGCUGUGGAUACGUUCGACCAAAUGUGUGGAAGUAUGUCUUGUAGUAGAAAAACCCAAAGAUGGCCCUUAUGCUACUUCUAUGGUAUACUAAAUAUGGCAAUUAUAAACUCAUACGUUAUAUACGUACAUAAUAAUGUAAAACUAGGGCGAAAACCUACAAGCAGACGAUGUUUCGUGAAGGAUGUUUCGGAGAAGUUGACCGAACCGUGGUUACGUAAAAGACGCGAAAUGCCAACUUUGAAGAGAUGCCUAAAAAGGAAAAUCGCUGAAAUUUUGGGUGAAACGCCUUCCAUUGAUACAGCUGGUCCUAGUGGUACCCAAAAAAAGGUUUGCGGUUAUUGUGAUUAUAAAAAACGACGUAUGACAAGGUUCCAAUGCAAGCAAUGCAAAAAAUAUAUGUGUAUGGACCAUCGCGGCCUCAUGUGUGUGGAAUGUGCGGAUGAAAUUUAAUUUUAAUUAAGUCAUUUAUAUUUAUGUUAGGUAAUUAAACAUAUUAAACAGUGCCAUACUUGAUUAAUUUGUUUUAUUCACAAGUACCUCUAAACCCAUCAUUUGAAUAUAGUCGUCUGUGAGAUGAAUGUUUAUGAAUAAUGUUCCUCUUAGAUAAGGUUAUGAAUCUAGGGUUAAGA